AUCAAAAUGGCAGGCUCACAAUAUAUUUUGGUAAUAAGCCUUUGCUGCCUUGGUUUUGUGGUUGGAGGGUUUGCUCAGCUCUCUCCAUUCUUUUACAGCCAAAGUUGCCCAAGUGUGAUCAACAUUGUACGAGGGGUCAUUCAAGAAGCUUUGCAGACUGAUCCUCGUAUUGCUGCCAGUCUUAUUCGCCUUCACUUCCACGAUUGCUUUGUCAUUGGUUGUGAUGCAUCGUUGUUGUUGGACAGCACUGAUACCAUAGUGAGCGAGAAGGAAGCCUUUGGAAAUAUUAACUCGGCUAGAGGUUUUGCGGUUGUGGAUAAUAUCAAAACUGCCUUGGAGAAUGCUUGUCCUGGUGUUGUCUCUUGUGCUGAUAUUUUAGCCAUCGCAGCUGAAGAAUCUGUCCUCUUGUCAGGAGGCCCUGCAUGGUUUCCCCUAUUAGGAAGGAGGGAUAGCUUAAUAGCGAAUGUAACUCUUGCCAAUGAAAACCUUCCAGCUCCAUUUGAGACUCUUGACCAACUCAAAGAAAAGUUCUCUAGACAAGGCCUUGACUCCACCGAUCUGGUUGCACUCUCCGGGGCCCACACAUUUGGACGGGCCAAGUGUCAAACAUUCAACUUCAGACUGUACAACUUCAACGGGACAAACAAUCCUGACCCAACGCUGAACACAACCCUCUUAGAUGCACUAAGGCAGUUAUGUCCUCAGGGUGGCAACGACAGUGUCAUCACUGAUCUCGAUCCUGUGACUCCAAAUACUUUCGAUAACAAGUACUUCUCCAAUCUCCAGUCCGAGAAUGGAGUUCUCCAAACUGAUCAAGAAUUGUUCUCAACCACUGGAGCCGACACUGUUGAUAUUGUCAACGCUUUCAGCGCCGACGAAAGAAUUUUCUUCGGCAACUUUGUGGUGUCAAUGAUCAAGAUGGGGAAUAUUAACGUCUCGACUGGCUCACAAGGAGAGAUUAGGUCAAACUGUCGAAGGGUCAAUGCAGAUAUAAGUGGUUUAUCAUCAAGUACUGGUGGUUUGGUUGCUCAGUAUUGAUUAAUUAUGGUAUUAUAAUUUUAAAAGUGAUAUCAUCCCUACAACUACAAAUUAUUAAUUAUAAUAAUAAGCUCACUCUCUAUGAAUAUAUAUCUCUUCUAUAUAAUAAGUGUUUAGAUAACAGAAAUUUUUUGUUUUAACGGUUUUU